AUGAUGUAUGAAGAGAUGGGUUCUAUGAUUGAUGAAAUUCCUCGCCGCUGUUCGCUCCCCUCGCUGAAAUCAGCUACUUCUGGUAUGACUAGCUCUGACCUGGGCGAUGAGCGCCGCCUGCCUCCUCUUCCCCGUGUGGACCCACUGCCUCGCGGUCCUUUCAAUCUCAAUCCAUUCCAUGCUAAGGAGGCAUUUCCUCCUAGCACCCCGGGGCCUCAGGACACAUUCCACUUCAAGUCGCCAUGGUCUCAGGCUGGCAGUGAUCAGAUUGUGACACCUCCCUCUCCAGCCAACUCUGCUGAAAGCUCUUGGCAAGAGUCCUUCACUACUCAAAAGACUGUUGCAUCCGAGUGGACCAACGAUCUCUCUCAAAAUGAGAUUAUGGCUCUGGUUGCCCCAACAAACAUUAACCGUAAGCAACCUCUGCAGCAGCUCUGCGGACGCAAGCGCAAGGGCAGCUCUGACUCCCCUGAUCCCGAUGAUCAGCGCGAGAAGCACCGCAUUGCCGAGGGCAAUCGUCGCAAGAACCUCAGCCAGUUGCACCGUGAAUUGGAUAGCCGUAUCCAUGACUUUUUCUUAGAGCGCGCUGGCUGGAACCCAUCUAAGAGUCUCCCCCAGUCCAAAGAGCAUAUCGUCCAGGGUGCUGUCUACCUCAUUGACUUCAUGCUGGCUAUCAUUGUCCACUUGAUCCGCCAGGAGCAGCAACAAAACCAAUCAGCCCAGCAGCAGCUCCGUGCUGCCAAGGCCGAGAAUGAUCUUCUGGCUGAUCGCAAUCGUGCUCUGGAGUUCCAACUCAAAUCCUACGAACAAAUGUUUCGCUCCCCCAAGCCUGAGGCUACCAGUCCUCGCCCUCUGGUCGAAGUCCCUGAGCACAAGCGCCAAAAGAAGGGUCUUCCAGGACUCCAGGUCUUCUGUGACGAGAUCAGGACCAAUAGCAAUGGUCCUGAAGCAUCCAUGCACCACGAAUCCCUGCACAGCGCCACAUCGCAAUCAUUCAGCUCGUCCCAAUCAUUUGGCUCAUCCUUUCUCAGUUCCACACCCCCUACAACUGGACCCUCUUCUCCCGCUUUCCUCUCCUCGCAGCCUUCCUUCCACUUUCCCACAUCGCGCCGUACAUCUCUCAUCCCGUCGCCUUAA